AUGCCAUACACACCAUGGACCAAACCCGACACAAUCGCCCGCCCAAUAGCCAUCAUCGGCGGCGGCGUGAUGGGCCGGCGAAUAGGCAUGAUGUGGCUAGCAGCAGGCUACAAAGUCACCCUAUGCGAAAAAGACAUAACCCACCCCAGCGAAGCAGUAACCUACAUCAACGAGAACAAAAACCCACAAGCCAAGAAGCGCGGCACCAUCCCCGCAGAGCUAAAAGUAACACCCACCAUGAAAGACGCCGUCAGCAACGCAUGGAUGGUACUCGAAGCCGUCCCGGAAAAGCUAGACCUGAAGAUCAAUAUACUAGCAGAGAUUGACAAGCUCGCCCCGGCGGACUGCAUAAUAGCCAGCAACUCGUCGUCGCUGCGCACCAGCCAGAUGAUCGUCAAGACGGAGAAGAACUACCGCAUCUGCAAUGGGCACUACUACAUGCCGCCUGAGCAGGUGUUUUUCGAGGUGAUGUCGUGCGGCGCGACGGACCCGGAUAUAUUUCCUUUUUUGAUGGAGAAGGCUUCGUCGGCUGGGUUUCGGCCUGUGAAUGCUAAGGUUGAGUCGACUGGUCUGGUGUUUAAUCGGAUAUGGGCGUCGACUAAGCGGGAGGUUUUGUUGGUGCUUGCUGAGGGGGUGAGUGAUGCACGUACCGUUGAUGAGAUGUUCAAGAGUUUCUUCAAUGCUAGCAAUGGUCCUUGUCAGAUGAUGGAUACUGUUGGCUUGGAUACUGUGUGCAAUAUUGAGGCUGUGUAUACUGAGGCGCGUAAUUUAGAUACGAGGGCCAUGGAUUGGCUGAAGAAGAACUAUGUUGAUCAGGGAAACUUGGGUGCCAAGGGUGGAAAGGGUUUACUUGGAUAG